AUAUAAUCAUAUAGCUGUCUUCUUUUCUUUCUUUUCUUAAUAUAUUUUGGUUUAUAAAUUCAAUUUCCAAUCUCACUCCUCUUUGUUAUUCAAAUUUCAAACUCCAAACUCAAAACAUUAACAACAAUGCUCUCUCUCAAACUUCUCCUCAUUUCCACCGCCGUUAUUUUCACUGCCUUGGGAUUCACAUCCUCUCUUCCAUUGGCCACCACUCACCUCCAUCUCCUAUGGACUUUCUUUCUUCUCUGCUUCACUCCUCCAUACCUCUUCUUUACCCUCAACGCCAUCAUCAUCUCCAUCCUCGCUUCCUCCAACUUCCACCAAUCCCAAACCCAACCAAACCCUCCAAUUCUCGACCCCACCUUUCCUCCUCCUACUCUUGAUGAUUCACCCGCGUCCAAAGAUCAACAAGUUGAAGAAGUGACGAAAGAAAUCGACCUCGGAAAUUCGCCAACGAAGAUGAUAAACUCGCCGGAUAAUCUUCGGAUGAUCGAUAAACCUCUCGAUUCUUCGAGGUUCAUUCACCGGAAACCUCUUAAAUCCGCUCCCGAAAGUGGGAAAGCGUUGGAGGUGGCCGCGAAGCAAAAACGGCACGAGACGUUGGAGAGCACGUGGAAGACGAUAACGGAGGGUCGGUCAAUGCCGUUAAGUAGACACAUGAAAAAGUCUGACACGUGGCAAAACCGUUAUGAAGUGGACCCGCAUCAACCAGAAGAUUCUGUUAGCGAUUUCAACUUGAACAAGACUACUGUGAGGCUGAGAAAAGAACCGUCGCUGAGUCAAGACGAGUUGAAUAAACGAGUGGAAGCGUUUAUAAGAAACUUCAAUCAUCAAAUGAGGUUGCAAAGAGAAGAAUCGUUAAAUCAGUACAUGCAAAUGAUUAACCCUGGUGCUACUGCUAGUUAACUUGCAUAUUUCACUUCGUGUGUAUUUUAAUAUAUAUAUUUCACUUCUAUGAACCACGUGAGAUGAACGUCGAAAAUGUUCCUGCAUAUAUUUUUUGUGAAAAACAUAACUAGUGUUGUUUUGUAUUUGUCUCCAAUUAUUUUAU